CGACGUCGGAAGGUCGGGGCUUACGUAAAGGGUCGCGGCGGACGUGAUCGCGUUCCCUAAUGUCCACGUCCCAGACGUCUACCACGGCGGAAAGUGGUGGGCGGAACGUGGUGCACUGGUUCCGGAAGGGCCUGCGGCUCCACGACCAGCCCUCGUUGAAAGUCGGACUUCAGGGUGCCAGGACGUGCCGGUGCAUCUACAUUCUGGAUCCCUGGUUCGCGGGAUCUUCCAACGCCGGGCUCAACAAAUGGAGGUUCCUGCUCCAGUGUCUCGAAGACUUGGAUGCCAGGCUGCGCAAGCUCAACUCGCGGCUCUUCGUGAUUCGGGGACAGCCGGCCGACGUGUUCCCCAAGCUGAUAAAGGAGUGGCGCGUGACGCACCUGACGUUCGAGAAGGACCCGGAGCCGUACGGGGCCAUCCGGGACCAGAACAUCACGGCGCUGGCCCACGAGAUGGGCGUGACGGUGGUGUGCGAGCCGUCGCACACCCUGUACCCGCUCGAGCGCAUCCUGGAGCGCCACGGGGGCAAGGCGCCUCUCACCUACCGCCAGUUCCAGGGGGUCCUGGUGGCCAUGGAGCCGCCGCCCGCGCCCGUGCCGGCCCCGGAAGCCCUGUCGCGCACGCCCAUCGACGAGGACCACGACGACCGCUUCGCUGUGCCCACCCUCGCCGAGCUCGGUUUCGACACCGACAACCUCAAAGAUGCCGUCUGGCCUGGUGGCGAGACGGAGGCUCUAGCGAGGCUCGAGCGCCACCUGGAACGCAAGGCGUGGGUGGCCAGCUUCGGAAGUCCCAAAAUGACGCCCAAGAGCCUGCUAGCGAGUCAGACGGGACUGAGCCCGUACUUGCGCUUCGGCUGCCUAUCGGCGCGCCUCUUCUACCAUCAGCUGGCGGACCUUUACCGAAAGAUCAAGAAGUCGAACCCGCCCCUAUCGCUGCAGGGCCAGCUGCUGUGGCGAGAGUUCUUCUACUGCGCGGCCACCCGAAACCCAAACUUCGACCGCAUGCACAAUAACCCCAUCUGCGUCCAGAUCCCCUGGGACGUCAACGCCGAGGCCCUCGCAAAGUGGGCGAACGGCCAGACGGGCUACCCGUGGAUCGACGCCAUCAUGCGACAGCUGCGGGAGGAAGGCUGGAUCCACCACGUGGCGCGCUACGCCGUGGCCUGCUUCCUCACCCGCGGCGACCUGUGGCUCUCCUGGGAGGAGGGCAUGAAGGUCUUCGACGAGCUCCUGCUCGACGCAGACUGGAGCGUCAACGCGGGCUCCUGGAUGUGGCUGUCCUGCUCCUCCUUCUUCCAGCAGUUCUUCCACCUCUACUGCCCCGUGCGCUUCGGACGAAAGGCCGACCCCUCGGGCGACUUCAUCAGGCGUUACCUGCCGGUGCUCAAGCACUUCCCCAACAAGUAUAUCCACGAGCCGUGGAGCGCACCGGAGCAGGUGCAGGUGGCGGCCCGCUGCGUGGUCGGCCGCGACUACCCUCUGCCCAUGGUCAACCACCAGGACGCGUCCAGGGUCAACCUGCAGCGCAUACGCCAGGUCUACCAGCAGCUCACCCAGUGCACCAAGGCCCCGGGACUGUUCCCAAGCGUGCCAUCGGGUUCUCCAACGUCUGCGGACAAGGCCAGCAACAAGUUUAUUGAAGACCUCAAGUUGACUGGCAAGAAUGCCAUGCAGGAUGACGAGGAGUCCAUGGAGGGUGUGGUCUGAGAACUUCUCCCGCAGAAAAAAGAACGCCGAAAUGCCACAGUCAAUGGGAUCGGACGCUGUAGAUGGCAACCUGCGGCGACCGAGUCAUGAGUGCAGCUACAAGAUGUCUUUCGGAACAGAAGACUGGCUGAGCAGCAUCCCUUUAACAUCGGUGGACGCGUCACCUUCUGCGCCGCACGGCUUACCCCCUGCUAGGAGACGCAGCAUUUUGGGGAAGAACAAAUUCCUACGUUAGAUACGACACAUGCUCGGUCUACUACCUGUAAAUACUACGAGCA